AUGCCUUCGAUCCCGACAUGCACCCGUGACGGCGAGAUCAAUCGGCCUGUGAUGGCUGCCGAAUCCACAGAGACGACGCCGCUCCUCGUCGAUCAACCCUCCUCACCAGACAGCCACGCCACAUCAUCUCACAUCGAAGAUGGCACCCCUCCACCAGUCACAGCCGCCGCGGCCAUCCAAGCCCUGCCGAAGCUGCAAAUCUUCCUGCUCUGUUUCGCGCGCACCAUGGAGCCGAUUGCCUUCUUCGCCAUCUUCCCGUUUGUCGCGCAGAUGGUGCAGCGCAACGGGCGGCUUGCCGAGUCCGACGUGGGCUUCUACAGCGGCCUGAUCGAGUCGCUCUUCUCCGUCGUGCAAAUCUUUGUGCUCGUCGUCUGGGGCCGGCUGGCGGAUGCUGUCGGCCGCAAGCCCGUGCUGCUCGCGACGCUGACGGGCAUGGUCGUCUCGACGCUGGCGUACACCAUGGCCACGUCGAUCCCGCAGAUGAUCGUCUUCCGCUGCCUCGCGGGCGUCUUCUCCGGCUCGCGCCUGGUCCUGCGCACCAUGCUGUUCGAGCACUGCACGCCCGACAACGAGGCCCUCGCGUACAGCUGGUUCGGCUUCGCCAACAACGUCGGCACCACGCUGGGGCCGCUGCUCGGCGGCGUCCUCGCGGAUCCUGCGGCCCAGUACCCGGGGCUCUUUCGAGGCGUGGCCUUUUUUGAAAAGUUUCCCUACGCGCUCGUUGGCUUGGUACUGUUUGCCGUGGGCGUCGCAGAGAUUGCCAUCACCGCCGUGUUUCUGGAAGAGACGCAGAAGCCAGAGGAAGAGCCCGCGUCUGCCGCCGAUGACGGCACCAAGGCUGCCCACCAAGCUCUCUCCAUGCGGGAGCUUCUCAUGGCGCCCCAAGUUGCUAUUACGAUUUGGGUCUACACCCACUUCAUGCUCCUCGCCUUUGCCGUCACGGCCGUAACGCCCGUGUUCCUAUUCACCCCCGUCGCCAUCGGCGGCACUGGCUUCUCGUCUUCGCAAAUCUCCGUCUACAUGGCCGUUACCGGCGCUAGUCAGGCCUUUUGGCUCAUCUUCGCCUUCCCUGUUCUGCAGCGUCGCUGGGGAACCAAGGACUUGCUGAAAGCGUGCGCGACAGCCUACCAGUUCUUCUUCGGCGGCAUCGUACUCGUCAGCAUCCUUCUUCGCAGCGGCAGCACGUCCGCCCUGGCUUGGGCAUGGGCUGUUGGGGGCUGUCUCGCAAUUCUUGGCCCAGGUGUGUCCAUGGGCUUCACCAGCUCGCAGCUGGCCAUCAACGACGCAUCCCCGAGCCGCCACGUCAUGGCUACCUUGAACGGGCUGUCUAUGACGAGCGCUAGUAUUGCUAGAUCGUUCGUUCCAGGUCUUACGACAGUAAUAUUUGCAAUCGGUGUGAGAAACCAGAUAGCAUGGGGGUAUCUUGUAUGGGCUAUUCUCAUUCCCCUGGCUAUUGCCUUGAGGUUUUGUGUAAACUACAUUCCUGGAAGCAGGAGAGUGCCUGGAGAUAAAUAA